GAUUGGCUCAUCAACCGCUUCUGCUCAUCUGACAGCAAGAAAUCCCAAAGCGACUCUUCAGAGCGUCAACAAGGUGAACAACGACCCCAGUCAGAGGAUUCUGAACCUGACCGUUCUCAUCCGUCAAAUCAAAACCUAUUACCUAGAGACUCUGAGGCAGCUGAUCAUGAUGCCCUUACCCAACGUGUUGGUGCUUGGCAAGACUCCUCACUCUGGUAUGUUUGCCCACCAUGCCCACACCGUUUUACAUUCUGUUGAGAAACCCAAAGAGAGAGCAGUAACCCUUUAAAUUCUACUGGGGGCCCAGUGAAUUCUAUGUGAAGUACAGUACUACUUUAGUUCCACAGAUGUAGAAUCUUCAUUUGAUCACCCUGUUGUUGCCGAAAAUGUCAAACUUUUAUUAUAUUCAAUGUUUAAAAAGGCUUUUAAAGUUGGUAAUAUCCACUUUAAAAUGUCAGACUUGAUUUGCCCUAACAACAUUUUUAUCAACCCCUACAAAAAUGUUCAUAAAUUAUAAUCCACACAAUAAUUCACAUUUCCUGUUGCUGCAGGAUUCUUUUCCUUCUAUGAGAAAGUGGUCAAAUGAAGAUCCUACCUGUAGACUUGGUUUGCCAGUCACUCACGUCUGUUGAGAGACUAGAAAUACCAACUGUAUCUGUGCUGCAUAGUUAAGUACAGUUUGUAAAGAUGAUUGACACCAUCUUAGAGUUUGCAGUAUCAUCCUUCCAUUUGUUGUCCAUGACAUACCAUGACAUAAUAUAAUUAUUCAUGUGAGUGAACUGAACUCAAACCAGACCAGUUAAUUUGCAAUGCUGCCCUAUAAGUUGACCUCAAAACUCCUAUAAGACAGACUUUGAGGGCCUUCGCUGUCUGUCUUCAGAAGAUGUGUAAUUCAAUAGCGCACUAGUCUGAUAGACGUGCUAGCCUUUGUGACAGUCUCUGGCCAGAUGAGUGACCCAAAUUCACACAGCAGCCUGCCUCAAGUUAGACCACAUCUGAAUCUCCUUUAAUCAUUGACUUUAAUCUGAAUUUAAUGUGGGGGUUGUAUUUUGGGGGGGUUUUCUCCUCAGAGCAAAGUCUGGAGGAAAUGAAGAAAUUACUUCUUCUCUUAUUGGGCUGUGCUGUCCAGUGUGAGAAGAAAGAGGAGUACGUCGAACGCAUCCAGACCCUCGACUUUGACACGAAAGCAGCAAUAGCUGCUCAUAUCCAAGAGGUUACCCACAGUCAGGACAGUGUACUGGACCUCCAUUGGCUGGAGGCCAGCGAGCUCUGCGCUGAGGACCUGGAGACCCUGUUCAGACGCCUGGUGGACCAGAGAGACACACAGCUGGAUGUAGGGGGUUAUAAAUGGGUUAUGGAGAGGUUAUGAAGGGUUAUGAAUGUGUUACGUUAUCCUUAUGUAGGCCUGGUGGACCAGAGAGACACACAACUGGAGGUAGGGGGUUAUAAAUGGGUUAUGGAGAGGUUAUGAAGGGUUAUGAAUGUGUUACGUUAUCCUUAUGUAGGCCUAGUGGGCCAGAGAGACACACAGCUGGAGGUAGGGGGUUAUAAAUGGGUUAUGGAGAGGUUAUGAAGGGUUAUGAAUGUGUUACGUUAUCCUUAUGUAGGCCUAGUGGGCCAGAGAGACACACAGCUGGAGACUAUUUUAGAGCUAAUGCAGGAGAGAGAGUCCACCCCGUCACCCUCUCCGCCCAGCGCCCAGUCCCCCAGUGACUGUCCCAGCAUGCAACAACAGGCGGCAUCCCACCAGCACCUGUCUGUAGAGCUGGCCGACUCCAAGGCCAAGGUCAGACGGCUGCGCCAGGAGCUAGAGGAGAAGAGUGAGCAGGUACUGGACUGCAGACAGGAGCUGGAGAACAUGGAGGCUGAGUUCAAGAGGAUUCAACAGGAGAACUCUGUGUUGCUAGCGGAGGCCCGUUCAGCCCGUACGUACCGUGACGAGCUGGAUGCCCUGAGAGAGAGGGCCAUCAGGGCUGACAAGCUGGAGAGCGAGGUGGGACGGUACCGCGAGAAACUACACAACAUGGAGUUCUACAAGGCCAAAGUGGAGGAGCUGAAGGAGGAUAACUCCGUGUUGCUGGAGACUAAGGCUGUACUGCAGCAGCAGCUGGAAGGGUGGAGGGCCCGCUCUGAUAAACUACACCAGCUAGAGAAACACAGUCUGCUGCUCAACGCCAGGGUCCACGUCAUGGAACAGGAGAAGGAGGUGGACAGGAGGCGCAUGGAGGAGCUGCAGGAGGAGAACCUGGCCCUGGAGCUGGCCCAGAGGAGGAGCAUGGAGGAGUCACAGCACCUGGGAUGGGAGCUGGAGCAGCUCUCCAGGACCCCCGACAACCCACAGGGUCAGAAGUCUCUGGGUGAGGAGGUGGUUGAUGGGACCAGGAGUCGUCUGCUGAGGCUGGAGAGAGAGAACCAAAGCCUGCUCAGGACCAUAGAGGAACUGAGAGCUGCUGACCUCAGCCUGGGACCGCAGCACAACCAUAACCGUGAGCACACGCGGAGGGACGGCCAGCGACCCGCAAACACGGCUGAGGUGGUUAGAGAGUACCUUGGCAGUUUAGACAACACCUCCUGGGAGCAGUCUGAAUUGGUCAUCAAAGAGGAUUGUGACAUUGACAUAGACACAUCACAUCACAGGGACCCAAAGUGCAACGGCGUGUCGGUUGACCUCGAGGGAGAGAUUGACCGACUGGAGAGAGAGAGCGAGACCCUCAAGGAGAAGAUGGACCUUCAGAAGCAAGAGAAAGGCCAACUCGAAGACAGAGAGUCUUGCGAUCUGAGUGACCGCAUGGCUGACCUGGAAGCAGUAGCUAAAGACAACACCCGCAAUCUCCUUCAACCAGGCGCUUCAGUGUCUCUGACACGUGAUACCUCACCCUGCUCGAAGAACAAGAGUCCACGUCGGGAGAACAGUAGCACAGGGCUGCAGACGAGGGCUUCCUCUUCAUCCACUAAGCACACAGAGCGUCUGGAAGCUAAGUGUAGAGCCCUGGACACAGAGAACCAGCGGCUUCAGGCUGCCCUGGACAACACAGGCCGGAAGCUCCAGAGGCUGGAGGCUGAGGUCCAUGAGCUGGAGGCUGAGAACCAGAUCCUGCAGGCUGGGCUGGAGGAGCUGAGGAUCUCCUCGCGGCGCAUGGAGCAGCUGGAGCAGGAGAAGCAGACCCUGGAGCAGGAGGCUUCAGGCCUGGAGAGAGACAAGAGGAGGCUGGAGAAGGAGAACCGCAGGCUGAGGCAACAGGCAGAGAUCCAGGACUCUACCCUGGACGGGAGCAACCUGAGGGUGGCUAGUCUGGAGAGAGAGAACAGGGGCAUGGGGAAGGAGGUGGAGAGACUGAAGGAGGUGGAGGAGCGGGUCAAGGGGCUGGAGAGGGAUAACAGAGAGCUGGCCAAGCAGGGAGCGAUCAACCAGAGGGCCCUGGUCACCCUGAGAGAGGAGUUGGUGAGUGACAAGCUGAAGACCCAGCAGAGGGAGAAUGAGCUGGAGAGGCUGGCCCACGAGCUGGAGAUGAGAGUCCGCAACCAGGACACGUCACCACCGAGUGACGAGGAAACUCCAGACAACAGUAGGUUCAAGAUGUUGGAGUCUGAGCUGGAGUCGUCUCUGAAGAGGUCCCUGCAGAUCAAAGAAGACAAGAUGGCUGCCGUUGAGGCUCGGCUGCAGGAGUCCUCCACCCUCAACCAGCAGCUACGUCAAGAGCUCAAGACUGUGCGUCUGAACUACGAAGCCCUGCUGCAGAGGGAGGAGGAGGAGCAUGCGGCCCGUAGCCCCACCCCUCAGAGGGAGAGUGACAGGGCGGUAAGCGAAUGGCAGUGGGAGAGCCAGGAGGCCACCAGGGAGCUGCUGAGGGUCAAGGACCGCCUCAUCGAGGUGGAGAGGAAUAAUGCCACACUGCAGGCAGAGCGUCAGGCACUGCAGGCCCAGCUCAGACAGCUGGAGACCCAGUCAGACAGCCUGCAGGCUCAGAUCCUAGCCCUGCAGAGACAGACCGCCUCCCUGCAGGAGAACAACACGGCUCUCCAGACACACAACGCUAACCUGCAGGUGGAGAAGUCCACUCUGAACUCCCAGAGUGCAUCACUCCUGGCCCAGAAUGCUCAGCUCCAAUGCCAACAAUCCAGCACUGAGAGUGAUAAGGAGGUGGCCAUGCGUGAGCGCGAGGAGCUGCGCGGCGUGUACGACCAGCUCCUGAGGGACCACGAGAGGCUGGCGGCGCUGCACGAGAGACAAGCCAUGGACUACGAGGCCCUGAUGGGAAAACACGGCUGUCUGAAGAACGUCCACCGCACCCUGGAGCUGGAGCAUAGAACGCUGGAGGACAGGUACAAAACCCUGCUGCAGCAGAAGGCCAAACUAGAGGGUCUGGAGAAGGCUCUGAGAGAGGAGCAGGACAAGAUGUCUGUGGAGAAAGAGCAGCACAGGACCACCGCCUCAGAGUGUCGACAGCUCCGGGAUGAGAAGGACUGGCUGAACCAGACGUACCGUCAGCUGUUGAAGGAUCAGGAGGAGCUCCAGGCGGACCAUAAGAACAUGAAGACCCUGCUGAACAGCACCAAGCUGGAGCAGACCAAGCUAGAGUCCGACUUCAACAAGCUCAGAGAGCAAUACCAACAGCUAGACAUCACCAACACCAAGCUCACCAACCAGUGUGAGCUGCUGAGUCAGUUGAAGGGGAACCUGGAGGAGGAGAACCGUCACCUGCUGGACCAGAUCCAGACCCUGAUGCUGCAGAACCGCACCCUGCUAGAACAGACCAUGGAGAGCAAGGACCUGUUCCACGUAGAACAGAGACAGCACAUAGACAAGCUGAAUGAGCUGAGGAGACAGAAGGAGAAGUUGGAGGAGAAGAUCAUGGAUCAGUACAAGUUCUAUGACCCCUCACCCCCACGGAGGCGUGGGAACUGGAUCGCCCUGAAGAUGAGGAAGCUGAUGAAGCCAAGGAGCCGCGAGCGUUGUGGCCCCGCCUCCUCCUCUGACCACCAUCGCUCCCUCACCCCCACACGCUCCGGGUCCUUCGAGGCCCUCCCGCCCACCUCCCCCUCUGCUUCUGGUUGCCAGGACAAUGGCUCCUUCGUGGGUUCGGACGGCUCGGGUGGGUCCACCACCUCCCCCCGGAGGAGCAGCACCCUGAAUGACCUGGACAAACUGAAUGACUUGGUGUACCCCUCAACCCUGUCUGAGGACCCUGAGCAGCUAGAGGAGUCAGAGAUCAAGAAUGACAGAUUCAGGAAGGAGUCUAUGACCUCAUCCAUGAGCGACUCCAUCUUGUCCAUCAUCAACCAUCAACACCAGCCAACCACCACUCCUUUGUUUUAUCCCACCACCACUGCUGCUGCUGCUGCCACUGAUAGCAAUGAGCUAUGUUUGACAGACAAGGAUUAUAAUGACAGUGCUGUGGCGACUGAAUUUGACGACGGUGAUGAACUACAAAACCAUGGUCUGAAUGGCGUGCCGAGCCGUGCCCAGAGCCAGAGCAGUGGAGAGUUCAGCCUCAGCCUAGACAACGAACCCUGGUCCAACGGCAGUAGCCCGGUCCAGCCGCCUCCGUCAUCCCGCCGCUCCUCUUCCUCCUGCCUCCCGCCUAGCGAUACCUCCACCCCCCGACACACACGGCAGAACCUCUCGCCGACCACACACACACAGCAGCGAUCCACUUCCUCAACACACACCAGCAGCAACAAACACAGAGAGAGUGUAGGCGUGAAGAACUCCUCACCUAUUGCCAUAGCAAAUACGCAGGGUUCAGUUCCCUGUAGGGGGAGGGAGGUGGGUAGCACCCAGGACCCCUGGCCCAGAAGGAGUGUCCUCAGGAGGUGCACCAGCAGCAGCAGAGCCCCCCAGCGCCCUUCCGAUGGGAAUGUCCCCAAAACAGCUCAGGGGCAGGUUGCCGUACUAUCUCGAUCUGGAUUAGGUCUGAACAAAGCUCCAGAGACCACCACCACCCGAGCCUCAGCCAUGUCCCCGAUCACGGUGCUCUACGUCCAGGGUAAAUCUUCCUCGGUGUCUGGGUGUCUCAACUGUUUCUCCACCCCGUUGGGGAAGGAGGCGCGUCUAAGAGAGCCAUGGUCUCCUACCUCUCUACCCCGGGCCAGCAGCGUCAUCUCAACAGCCGAGGGUUCCUCGCGACGAUCCAGUGUCAACAGUGACUCUAGGGUGAUGGCGAAAGUAGAUCCCUUACCUAUCAUGGAAUCUGAUGGGAGCCCGAAUCAGGAGACGGACACUAUUAAUCAGAAUCAGAACAAGCAGAACAAUCCAGAAGAACUAGAAUCUGAUAAUCAACCACCCCCAAGCAAACCCCCCAGAGACCCAGCGAUAGCCACCGAUCGGCCCAAAUCCACCUGCCAGGAAUCCCUCUUCGGUGGCACCCCGUUCAACCUAGACUCUGUCUUCUCAGACACUAUCUUUAGCGAGUUGGUAGUCACCACCACUACUAGUAACAACAGCAAUAAUAACGAUAAGAACCAGACUUUCCUCUGUCUGAACCCAGAACUGGAGCGUAACGUCAGUUUCCCGCCCCUGAGGCAGGAGUCCACUAACGGCACGGCACCGGGACGCAUGGACAAUGUACAGAGCCAAAAUGGAGGACAUGAGGACUGUGAGAGUGAUACUGUGGAAAUUGAUUGCUGAAUCAGCUGAUUGCUGAUGACAUAGUUGCAUGUAUACAGUCCUGUAUUGAGUUCUGCAAUAGAAACAGGUAGUUGUGAAUGUCAGUACCAACAUAGUACCAACAUUGUUUAAAAAAGAAGCAAACAUCAUAAUUAUUUCCUAUUGUGUUAAUGCAAUAACUGUUCUUCUCCCUAUAGGUGCUUUUGAAGUAGUGAUGUUUUGGUUUUAGGCACUUUUCACAAUGCAGUCCUAGUCAUUAUAACAUUGUGUUAUACAGUAUUAUAAGAUGUCUGUUUUUGGGCUGAGAUUAUAGACUGUAUGUAAUGAUAAGAUGCACUGAAAACAUACGAAGACAGAUUCACAUACUAAACUUAUACUGGGGCAACUUGUAGCCUAGUGGUUAGAGCGUUGGACUAGUAACCGAAAGGUUGCAAGAUCAAAUCCACGAGCUGACAAGGUAAAAAAAAAUCUGUUGUUCUCCCCCUGAACAAAGCAGUUAACUCACUGUUCCUAGGCCGUCGUUGAAAAUAACAAUUUGUUCUUAACUGACUUGCCUAGUUAAAUAAAGGUUAAAAAAAACACUUGUUUCUCUAAUGUACAUAUUUGUAUAUUUAGUCCAAAUGAAGAUGUAAAUAGAAUGUACUUUUAGGGAAUAAGUUGUUGUUUCCAAAAAAGCACAUUGUCAAUCUUCCCUUGUUGUUUGACAAAAGUUUUCAGUAUUAUGCGGCCUAUGUUUUUAUUAGUAUUUAUAAGGCUGUGUUGAUAUUUUUGUUUUAUUUGUGUUUAUACGCCGUGUCAAUCUACAAAUGCUUAAACUCCCUAUUCAUGUGUACUUUUUGUUGUCCCAUACAGUAGAUCUAGUUAUACACAUAACCCUUCAACCAACAAACCAUAGCUCACUGUCCAGAGUGUUGAUAUCACAUACAGACUAGUAGACAACAUGUACAUUACAUUACCAUGUUAGUUUAUUACCACGCUGGACAUUACAGUGAACUUAUAAUAACAAACACAAUCAGUAAUCAUCUGAUUAGGAAAAACGCACCAAUAUGGUUCUUCGGCUAUGUGUCAUGUCAUGUGUCGUGUCAUGUGUCAAAUGGGGACUGUGUUUUUGUUUGGUUUGUUCUGUUUGUUUAUUUGUUUGCUUUUCAUUGCCUCUGCUUCAUUUUCUCUGCUUCAUUGCCUCUGCUUCAUUUUCUCUGCUUCAUUUUCUCUGCUUCAUUGUCUCGGCAAAAAUCAAAUACUGAGAUUGUCCUCAGUGAAGAUGAAACCUUGUAAAUGUAAAUGUGUGCAGGGACUUCAGGAGCCACAGUUGAAUAAAGCCCUUUUCACUCCUUUAAUAUA